AUGGUGACCAGCAGCGGCAACGGGGGGCCGCCCAGCUCCCAAGAGCUGAGGGAGCCGGGUGGGGAGCCUGGCCCUGAUCGAUCGUCCCGCAGGCAGGAUGGUGGAGCAGUUAUUUUAAAUUAUUUUUCUUAUAGGAACCUCCAGAAGUUUAGCCUUUUUGGAGAUAUAAGCGUUCCACUACAGCAAGGAAAUUUGUCAAGUACAUACCUCAGCAAGGUGGACCCUGAUGGCAAAAAAAUCAAGCAAAUUCAGCAGCUGUUUGAAGAAAUACUGAGUAAUAGUAGGCAACUGAAAUGGCUGUCCUGUGGGUUUAUGCUGGAAAUAGUAACCCCAACAUCACUGUCAUCUCUCUCAAACUCUAUUGCCAACACCAUGGAGCACCUGAGUUUACUGGACAACAAUAUUCCUGGUAACAGCACCCUUAUCACUACAGUGGAACUAGAGCGAUUUGUGAAUCUGCGCUCACUUGCCCUGGAUUUCUGCGACUUUACAGCUGAGAUGGCAAGAGUCUUAAGCGAUAGCAACCAUGUGCCUUUGCAGCGACUGUCUCUCCUGGUCCACAAUGUUUCUGUGAUGCACAAGUCUCUGGACAACAUGCCAAAUGAUGAGCAUUGGAAAGCCUUGUCACGAAGGAGCCCCAGCCUCCGGGUCUAUAUCAUGGCUUUUGAUAUUAAGAGUGAAGACAUGUUAAAGAUUCUGAAACCCAGUAUACCACUAGAGAGGAUUCAUUUUGACAGCUACAUCACUUGUGUUUCAGGAGCUAUUGUUGAUCUUAUAUCUAGGCAGUAUGACAAGUUCCUCACUCAUUUCAUAUUAAUGAAUGAUGUGAUUGACACGUCUGGUUUUCCAGAUCUUAGUGAUAACCGAAACGAAGAUCCAUUGGUGUUAUUAGCGUGGAGGUGCACAAAGCUUUCUCUUCUGGCAAUUCAUGGUUACACAGUGUGGGCACACAACCUCAUUGCCAUUGCUCGUCUUCGUGGCUCUAAUCUAAAAGUACUUGAAGUCACCGAAGAAAGCAUUGAUUUUGACCAAGGUGAACUGGCCGACCAGGAUGUGGAUCCAGUGCAUAACCUUAUUGAGCAGGUAUCCCUGGGCCUGGGUCAACCUUGGCACGCAGUCAUGGACAUCGAAUCACUCAGUGUCUUCACUGAACCAAAUCGUCAUUUUUACAGAGAGAUGCAAAGCUUUAGCGAAGACAUUUAGCUUUUUUUUAAAUGUACAAUUCCUGUGGUUACAUAUGCAAGUAGGGUCCUAUUAUGUUUUUUUCAGUAGUGUGAAUUAAUCCCUUUGUGCUGUGUUUAAUCAGUAUUAGCUUCAUAGAAUUAUAUAUGUAUAUUCUACUUCUUGAUCAAAGAACGUAGUCGGGUAUUGGAUUAGAAGUUCAAAGUGACAAUGUAUAGGGCUUUCACGGUUAAUAGACUUGUUACCAAACCUUAAAGAUACA